AUGGCUGGCAGGUCAACCAACGUAGCAGCAUAUAUAUUUCCUCGUAUCGUGACGGUAGCUCUUCUUCCAUCACGGGUAAGGGACUUGAAGCUAACAUCCGCACCACCCAAUGAUCGAGGCCCAAAACGCUUUUCCUCGAUAGCUUUUCGCAGAUAUUCACAAUCAUCUCCAGGCUCCAUUCGUAAGAUAAACUCUUCUUCUAGAGCAGGGUCUAUCUCGGUAUCAGAAGCUUCUGAAUCAUAUCCCGAGCCUCUUGGUCUUACUGGAGGUGCGCCUUUAUUUUUUAAUCGAAGGGAGGUAGGUUGUUUGGGUUUUGUGGUGAGCUUGAAUCUUUUGAUAGGGGCCCCUUCAGCAGGCGCCGCAGCUCCUGAAGCCUUUCCAUUCGUAUCCGCGGCCGCAUCUCGCGAUCUCUUCUUAGAGGAACUGCUUGUUGGUGUUUCUUUUGGAGUCUUUGUGGCAGCGGCUUUCUUGGGCUUCGCUGGCGUUUGUUUCUGUUCAGGCUGCGGUGCUGGCUGCUUGAGGCCGAGCUUCAGCUUCAGCUUUGGCGCUGCAGCUGGAGUCGAGGAAGCCGAGGGAGGUGGAGGAGUAGGGGAUUUCUGGGACGGCUGCGGCGCUGCUUGCGAUGACUGUGAUGGCUGCGCCGCCUUCUUUCCGAUGGUGAGCUUCAAUAUCUGCCGACCAGCCAUUUUUGAGGUAUCACUUGGGUCAGCUUGUAGUUAUCGGUAG